AUAUGGAUAGUUUCCGCAUGGGAACCAUGGUUUCACCUCGGACGACCUAUGUUUGGGAUGAAAAACGGUCCUGAACAUCUGCGUAUGUUGCUUCUGGAGGAGAAAACUGGAAAAUCAUUGAUCAAUAAGGUCCCUGAAAAUCUAUACGGUGAUGGGCCACGCGAAGCGUACUUUCCUCAAAAACUUGAUCACUUUGAUAAAAGCAACAACAUAACUUGGAGUCAGGUGAAUUAA